CUUGUAGCACUACUGAAGCACCUUUAUAUUGUAGCUGGCCCCAUGAAAACUGAAGUUGAUUGUAAAGUUGUCAAUUAUUACUUUAUGCCCUGUGCUCUGAAACCAGCUGAUGUAGGAGAGAAGAGCGAUGUAUCAGUUAGUAUACCUCCGUUAUUUAUAUGUUUUGAGUGUGGGUAUACUCCUGUUGGUGUAUUCUGUUGUCUAGUAGUGUAUCUCCUUGAUCAGAAGGCAGAUCAAGUACUAAAAUGGAAAUUAGCGGGUAAUAACAACCGUAAUAGGAUUACCUUUAAAGUCGGGCAAUACUAUGAUACUGUUAUGUUAAUCAGUCGUGCUACUUAUCUUGAAGUUUGGGUUCAACAUAUGAAAGGCUCAAUGUUGUCAACAAGUGAUUUUUGUGAUGAGAUAUUAUCAUCAUUGCACAAAGGACUAGACACAGUGAUACAAUCACUUCAUUACACUUAUAAGUCAAGACAUAUGUUUGGAGUAGCAUGUACAGCAUGUGCUACUUCUAUGAAUCAUCCAGCUGUGAUUGAGUUUAAUGAAGAAUUGGCAAUGUGCAGUAUUAGCGAUAAUAUAAUGCAUAUUGAUAAGGAAAAUUUACUCUGGUCCAAAAAAAUUGUUAUGCUAAAUAAUAAAAGUCAAGUUUCAAAUUCAUUGCAUACUCUUACAACAAAUACUCAUCACUUUUCCGCUAUUGAUGAUGAGACAAAUAGGAAAAGAAAACGAAAUGAAGAUGAUUCUACAACUGGCAAGAGGUUUAAAAUGUCUGAUAAUGAUAGAACUACAGAAUUAGUGAGAAAUGAACAGCAAAAAUCUGAUAUAAGUUUAUACUGUGAACCAGCUAUGCAUAAUGAUGUGCAACAUGAAAUCAUUCAAGAGCAUCUCAAUUGUACUCUGAGUAUUAAAGAUUUAGAUGUUGUAUUUGGGUUGUUAUCUAACUCAUUCAAUCGAUGGAAACCUUUAGGCUUAAAACUGGGUAUUAGUUACAUAACACUAGAUAAUAUUAAAAGUGAAGAAGAAAAAGUACAAGAUCGUCUAAUGGAGAUGUUGGCUGCUUGGCUGAAAAAAAAAGAUAAGGCAGCAAAUCCUACAUGGAAGAAACUAAUUGAUUCAUUAAAAGAAAUUGAAGAAAACAGUUUAGCUGAGGAAAUAGAAAGAAAAAUUACAAGUCAAUAAAGAUACUGCAGAAAGCUUUGGCAAACAACAGCA